UAAAAUUAAUAAACCAGUAGACGAUAUAUUAAAUAAAAGUUUAAGAUUAAUUAAUUUAGACGAAUUUGAAAAUAACCCUACUACAAGUACAUGUAAGAUAGGAUUAAGAAGUAAUAAAAAUAUUAUUCAUACCGAGUAUAUACCAGCUAAGCGAACAGUAAAAACUAAAAAAAUGGCAACAUCUAAAGUCCCCACAUUAAAAGUCAUUGACGCUUUACAUAUGAUUCCCCAAUAUUCAGGACAAACCGAAAUGUAUCCGUUCAUAAACGCAUGCGAAACUAUAAUUGAUUCAGUAGAUCCCGACCAAUUACCGUUACUAUUAAAAAUGAUAACCGCGACUAAAUUAACUGGUAGAGCUUUCAAUGUUACUAGAUAUAAGGAAAUUAAAGAAUGGAACGACAUUAAAAAAUUAUUAUUAGACGCAUUCGAAUCACCUUAUGGUGCCGUGAACUUACAAAUUGAACUUAACAUAAUAAAAUUUAAAAACGAUGAAACGAUUCAGGCAUAUAAUAACCGCGUAGAAGAAAUAUUCCAAAAAUUAUGCGACGCAGUAGCCGUAGGUAAACCGUCGUCCGAAGCAAUAGUAUUACGUGAGAAUAUUAAAGAACAAGCUAUGGUUAGUUACCUUAACGGGUUACCCAACGAAAUAAAAUUUGAAGUGAAAACUAAAAAUCUAAAUUCUCUUGACCAAGCAAUGCAAGUAGCAUUAAUAGCCGAUAAAAACAUACGAACACAAGACAUUUUUAGAGUAAAUAAUAAUGAAUACAAUAGGCAAACAAAUAGAAAUAACAAUAGUUAUAACGUUAACUAUGGUCAAAAUAAUAAUAAUCAAUACGCAUCGUAUAGUAACAAUAAUAAUUUCCGAGGUAGGAAUACUAAUCAGGUCCAAAAUUCUAGGAACAACAAUUUUAAUGUUAGGCGAUGUUUUACGUGUAAUCGCGAAGGACAUUUUUCGUCACAAUGUAGGAUGAAUAAUCAAUCAUAUAAUUUUACGCGACCACCCAACGGUAAUAUAGUCCAGUCAAAAUAA